GUUUGGUAACUCCUCCCACACCAGUUUCUUCCUGUUUUGAUGAGGGGAGCGGCACAUCUCUGACAUACAGGCAGCCGAAAUGACUGGUUUCACUUUCGUUUCGUUCACGGAAAGCGCUCCAGAAACAGAAUCUCUUCUUCUUCGUUGAAGUUGUCGUGAAAGAGACUUUACGACAUUCACGUGUAAUGAAUGACGAAGAGACAGACAUCAGGACUAAGGAAAGAGACGGAUGAGAAAUCAGCAUGUCCAGCAGAGAAAGCCGAGCUGUUGGUCGUGGUUCUGCCCGCAGGAGAAGCAGCAGCAAAAAAAGAGACCCACCCAACAUGAUUGAAGCGACUCCUCUGAGGAUCGUUCUUCUGGGUUCGAGCGUGUCUGAAAACAGUCUGGUGGGGAACUUCAUAUUAGGGCGAGCAGCAUUCGACAGCGAAGCUCCUCCAGACAUUGUAGAGAGAGUCAGAGGAAGACUGAAGGACAGACACGUGAUCGUCAUCAACAGUCCUCAGCUGCUGCAGACGAGCAUCUCGGCUCAUCAGAUCACACGGACGGUGAGAGAGUGUGUGAAUCUGUCUGAUCCGGGGCCUCAUGUGAUCGUUCUGGUCCUCAGUCACGAGCAGCGUUCAGCAGAAGAUCAGGAGCGUGUGGAGAAGGUGCUGCUUUCUUUCUCUGAGAGCGUUUAUCGACACGCCACAGUGAUCACCACACAAGAGCCCACAGAAGCCAGUGACAUCCUACAGAAAAUCAUUCAGAAAUGUGCAAACAGACACUUCAGACUUCAGAGAAGCAGUUCUCCUGAGGAUCUUCUUCAGACGUUUGAGGAGAUUUCGAAAGUGAAUAAUAGACAGCACCUGGUUUGUGCUGAAGUUGCAGAGUGUGUGAAGCUGAAUCUGGUUGUGUGUGGGAGCGAUGGGAGAUUAAAAUCCUCCGUAUCAGAGCAGAUCCUGCAGCAGACAGAGAAGGAGCUUCAUGAUCAUCAGAUCAGUCUGGUGGAGCUCCCAGCUCUCAGUCAGCUCUCCGAGGAGGAAGUGAUGCGCCAGGCUCUCCACUGCGUGUCUCUCUGUGAUCCUGGAGUUCAUGUUUUCCUCCUCAUUAUUCCUGAUGCUCCACUCAGCAUUGAAGACAAAGCAGAAAUGGAGGAGAUGCGGAAGAUCUUCAGCUCAAACCUCAGCGAACACAUCAUGGUCCUCAGAAUCAAAGAGAAGUUGACAAGUCAAAUGAAUACAGCUCCUUCUUCAUCUGCUGAGAUGAUUGCAAGUCGAUGUUUUGUUUUGGAGAGCAGCUCACAGAUUCCAGAUCUACUUCAGGAUGUGGAGAACAUGGUGAAAAUGACAGAUGGAAGAUGCUACACGACCUUCAUGUGCCUUCAGGAUCGACUAGAACUGGAGAGAAACAAACACAGAGUCGAAAUAGAGGACCUGCGAGGAUCUGUGAUGAAAACAACAGGUAAAAGUGUAACACACAACGAUGAUCUGAGGAUUGUGCUGCUGGGAAAGACGGGUGUAGGGAAAAGUGCAUCAGGAAAUACUAUACUGAGAAGAGUAGCCUUUAAAUCAACAAUGAAAUCAAGCUCAGUGACCAGAGAUUGUCAGAAGGAAAUUACAGAGUUCACCAAAAGACAGAUAACAGUGAUCGAUACCCCAGGCCUGUUUGAUACUGGGGUUGAUAACGUUGAGACCAGGAAGGAGAUUGUGAAGUGUGUCUCUAUGGCAGCUCCUGGUCCACAUGUGUUUCUGCUGGUGAUUCAACUGGGACGAAUUACUAAAGAGGAGAAAGAUGCAGUGCAGAUGAUCCAGGAGAUGUUUGGAGAGAAAUCCAAAAUGUACACCAUUGUGCUCUUCACCAGAGGAGAUGAUCUUAAAGGAAAAACAAUUCAAGAAUUUAUUGAAGAUGAUGAUUUUUCAAAGAAUCUCGUCCAGCAGUUUGGCAAGAGACACCACGUGUUCAAUAAUAACGAGACUGAAAACCGAAAACAGGUUUCUGAUCUGCUGGAUAAGAUUGACUGUAUGGUGGCAGUGAAUGGAGGGAGUUUCUACACCAAUGAGAUGUUCGAGAAGGUGGAGAAGAACAUCAUAGAGGAACAAGACAGAAUCAUGAAAGAGAAAGAAGAAGAGAUCAAGAGAAUAGAAGAAGAGCUGAGAGCCAAAUAUGAAUCGGAAAUUGAACAAAUUAAGAAAGAAAACGAGCGAGAAAGACAGGAGAUGCAGAAUGAACUGAUAAAAAGAGAAGAGGAGUUUAAAAAGAGAGAAGAGGAGAUCAAGAAAGACACAGAUGAUAAUGUGAGAAAAGAGAUGCAGAGAAAACUGGAGGAGCAAAAGAAACUAAUUGAGGAGCAGAAUAAAAGAAAAAAAAUCUUAGAAGAGGAACAACAGAACUUCAUAAACUACCUGAUAGAAAAGCAUGAGAAAGAAAAGCUAAAGCUCCAGAAGAGAAUUAAAAGAAAAACAAGAAAACAAGCAGAACAUGAAUAUCGUGAAAAUCUUGAGAAAGAAUUGGCUAAAGCUUUAGAUGUAGCUGAAAAAGAAGUACCACAUACUACAAAACGAGCCCGUUACUGUAAUCAGUUUGAUCCUGAUGAUGAAGGAUCUGGUAACGUUCAGCACUUUGUGAAUUGGAUUAUGAGAUGAUGUUCUGAAUGGCGCAUUUAAAAUUCAGUCUAUGUGUACUUUGAUGAUUUUUUUUUUUCAUCUCUGUAAAGAAAUACUUCAUUAACUUUUGUUUUGUUUUUGCUCAUCAUGUCUUUGCAGAUAUCUAUGGAAUCUAUGGUUUCUGCCAUUUAUGAGUUUUUAUCUCACAAUUCUGACUUUUUCUUGAAUUUCUGACUUUUUGUGAUGUAAACUUGCAAGUGUAAAUGUUUGCAAGUAAAAAAUAUAAAAAGACUGAAAAGAAUGAAAGUUAAAAAGUCACAAUUUACCUAUUUAUUUUUUAUUCAGUAGUUUAAUAUUCAGGAGUUAAUAUUGUGAAUGGUUUUGUGUCAUUUCAUACAUUUUUUAAAACUCUAUCUAUCUAUCUUAAAGCAAGUUUACUUUUAACUGUGAAUAAACACAUUGAUCAAUCAA